AUGAUGAUUGUGAUCCCAAAUACGGGGUCUGCUUCCCCUGUAAGAAUCAGGAGGCAGUGGGUGAAAAGGAUUCAGUGGGGUGUCCUCUUUGGCCUGAUGGUCCUCAUCUACGGCUCUCAUGCUCCCCUCAUUACUCUCACCAAGGUAGACGGCAGUGUCCCUUUCAACUCUUCAUCCUGUGUUGUUUUGAUCGAGCUUGCCAAACUCCUCAUUUCUCUGGUGACUCUUGCUCUGACUGGGGGUACAUCUGCCUUACGAGCUCCUCAACGUCUUGUCCAUGUGGCCCCCUAUGCGGUUCCUGCAGUACUCUAUGCCCUCAACAACAACCUGGUAGUUCACAUGCAGGGCUUCAUGGACCCAAGCUCAUAUCAAGUCCUGUCCAACCUGAAAAUUGCCUCUACAGCCUUACUCUACUCCCUCUGCCUAGGCAAGAGACUCCGGCCUGCUCAGUGGUUUGCUCUGGGGCUCCUCAUGGCUGCUGGAGUAUGUCACACUUACAGCAGUCUGGAUCUUGGAGACCCUGUCAGAGCUGUAGCCGAGGAAGGUCCCAGGCUUCACGUUACUGCUUGGGGGCUUUUCCUUGUGCUGGUGUACUGCUUUGUUUCAGGCCUGGCAGCAGUUUACACAGAGAGAGUGCUGAAGAGUCAGAAGCUGCCCUUAAGCCUGCAGAAUCUCUACCUCUACAUGUUCGGUGUAGCUGUCAAUGGGCUUUCCUCUCUCUCCCUGGUAACUAGUGAGAAGAGCUUUUUGGAGGGAUACUCAGGGGUGGUUUGGGUCAUCAUAGCAGGGCAGGCAGCUAAUGGACUCCUUAUGUCUGUGGUGCUAAAGCAUGGCAGCGGGAUCACCAGACUGUUUAUCAUUUCCUGCUCCAUGCUGGUCAACGCUCUGUUGUCCUGGGCCAUCUUAGGCCUGCAGCUCACACCAUUUUUCCUCCUUCCAGUUUCUAUGAUUGGACUGGCAGCUUAUCUUUAUUACAGAUAG